UUCCUUCCCACACCUAAUCUCUCCAGCCGCAGAGACUCUCGACCUUUCUCUGAGAUCAUUGCUCCUUUGUUCUUGGAUAUUUUGUUCCGUUCUAUCUUCAGCUGAGAAUGGCCGGAGAAGAAGCGUGCCAUGCAAUCGGGAUUGACUUGGGAACAACAUACUCAUGCGUGGCUGUGUGGCAGUAUGAUCAUGUAGAAAUCAUAGCGAACGAUCAGGGAAACCGGACCACUCCAUCUUAUGUUGCUUUCACUGAUCGUGAGAGGUUGAUUGGAGAUGCAGCAUUUAACCAAGUCAUGAGAAACCCAACUAACUCUAUCUUUGAUGCAAAAAGGCUCAUUGGUAGGAGAUUUAGCGACAACUCUGUUCAAAAUGAUAUGAAGCAUUGGCCAUUCAAGAUCAUUAAAGGUACUGAUGACAAGCCCAUGAUUGUUGUUUCUCAAAAUGGAGUUCAGAAACAAUUUGCUGCUGAAGAAAUUUCAUCUAUGGUUCUUGCAAAGAUGCGGGAGAUUUCUGAGACCUAUCUUUGCUCACCAGUGAAGAAAGCAGUUAUUACCGUGCCUGCUUACUUCAAUAACUCACAACGUCAGGCUACAAGAGAUGCAGGUGUCACUGCCGGCCUAAAUGUGAUACGUAUCAUCAAUGAACCAACUGCUGCAGCCAUCGCUUAUGGACUUGACAAGAAGGCUGGUUGGUAUAGCAAGAGGUAUGUGCUGAUAUUUGACUUGGGGGGUGGUACUUUGGAUGUCUCACUACUUUCCCUAGCUGAUAGUGUCUUUGAAGUGAAGGCCACUAAUGGAGACACUCAUCUUGGAGGUGAAGACUUCGAUCAUAGAAUGGUGGAUUAUUGUGUUGAGCAAUUUAAGAGGAAGCAUAAAGUAGACAUCACUAGAAAUCUCAAGGCUCUUAGGAGGUUGCGAAAUGCUUGUGAAAAUGCAAAAAGGAAGCUUUCAUUUAUGUCUGAGACUGAGAUUGAUGUCGACUGUCUGGACAAGGGUGUUGAUUUCUUCUUGACUAUUACUCGUGCCAAAUUCGAGGAACUCAAUAUGGAUUUAUUUUACAAAUGUAUGGAGCCUGUAAAGAAGUGUUUGGUAGAUGCUAACAUGGAGGUAAGUAGCGUCCAUGAUGUUGUUCUUGCUGGUGGCUCAUCUAGAAUCCCUAAGGUGCAGCAGUUACUACAGGGUGUGUUUAAUGGGAAGGAGCUGUGUAAGGCCAUUCAUCCUGAUGAGGCUAUAGCGUAUGGUGCCGCUAUUCAAGCUGCAGCCUUGAGUAGUGGGAACCUAGCUGGGAAACUUAACGACUUCAAUCUCUUGGAUGUCACCCCUCUAUCACUUGGGGUGAAGAUUCGUCGGGCAGGUCUUAUGUCAGUUGUGAUUCCAAGGAACAGCCGAAUUCCCAUCACCAAGAACGAAACUUUUCGUACUUACAGUGACAAUCAAACUGAUGCCCGGUUCUGUAUUUUUGAGGGUGAGAGUGAACGCACUGCAGAUAACAACUUUUUGGGUGAUUUUGAACUCCAUGACAUUCCUCCAGCUCCUGCAGGUGAAGCUGAAUUUGAUACUUGCUUUCAUAUUGAUGCAAAUGGUAUCUUGAGUGUCUCUGCUGUGGAUAUGUCCACCGGCCAAAAGAAAGAAAUUACAAUCAACAAUGACAGAAGAACUUUCGAAGGAAUUGAGAUCUGAGUUGAGUUAAUAUGUUUAUGGGAUCACAAGGCCGAAACUGAAUGUUUCAGUAACUGGGUUUGGGAAUGAAUAAGAAAGUGGA